ACUUGAGCUACAGCCACAGCUUUUUGUACGGUAUGGCCGGAAAUGACCCCGUACCACUCAUUAAAAUCGAACCGAAACAAGAAGUAGAAAUCCAUUCCGAUCUUCAAGAUAACAUUUUAGUAGGCCACGAAGCAUUGGUUACAAUAAAGGACGAAAUUACCAUUAUUCCACAGUGCUCCAAAUUGCUCGAUAGUGAAGAAUUACAACAACAAACUGAUUGCGGAUGGAAUAUUAGAACUGAAAUAUCCAACGAUUAUGAAUGUGAUUUCAGUCAACACACAACAAAUAAAGUCUUUAAGUGUGCUCAUUGUGGUUAUGGAAUGAAGAAUAAACAACUGCUUCAACAGCACAUUUUAACACAUAAAUGUAACGCAAUACAAUGUGCUAAUUGUGAUUACAAGACUAAUAACAAAACCAAUUUAAAACGACAUCUUUUAAAACAUACCAAUUCCAAAGAUUUUAAAUGUGCUAAUUGUUAUUAUGAAACACAUAAUAAAUACCACUUUAAAAGACACCUUUUAAAACAUACCGAUUCUACAGAUUUUAAAUGUGCUAUUUGCAAUUACGAAACAAAUUACAAACACCAUUUUAAACAACACCUUUUACAACAUACCGAUUCUAAAGAUUUUAAAUGUACUAAUUGUGAUUAUGAGACACAUAACAAAUACCACCUUAAACGACAUCUUUUAAAACAUACCAAUUCUAAUGAUUUAAAAUGUGCGCAUUGUGAUUAUGAAACAACUAACAAACUCUACUUUAAUCAACACCUUUUAAAACAUACCGAUUUUAAAGAUUUUAAAUGUACUAAUUGUGAUUACGAGACAAGUAACAAACGUUACUUUAAUCAACACGUUGUAAAACAUACCGAUUUUAAAAAUUUUAAAUGUGCUACAUGUAAUUACGAGACAAAUUACAAAGCGUACUUUAAACGGCACCUUUUAAAACAUAUCGAUUCUAAAGAGUUUAAAUGUGCUAAUUGUGAUUGCAAGACAAAUGACAAACACUACUUUAAACGACACCUUUUAAAACAUACCAAUUAUAAGAAUUUUAAAUGUGCUACUUGUGAUUACAACACAAAUAAUGAAUUCUACUUUAAACACGUUUUAACUCAUACCGAUUCCAAAGAUUUUAAAUGUGCUAAUUGUGAAUAUGAGACAAAUAUCAAACGGAACUUAAAACGACAUCUUUUAAAACAUACCACCUCUAAAGAUUUUAAAUGUGCUAAUUGUAAUUACGAGACAAAUGUCAAGUACUGCUUUAAAAGACACAUUUUACAACAUACCGGUUCUAAAGAUUUGAAAUGUGCUAAUUGUGAUUACAAGACAAAUAAUAAGCACAACUUUAAACUGCACGUUUUAAAGCACACCAAUUCUAACGAUUUUAAAUGUGCUCAUUGCGAUUAUGGAACAUAUAAUAAACGAUACCUUAAGGGACACCUUUUAAAACAUAUCGAUUCUAAGAAAGAGUGCUGAUUAUGAGACAUACCAAAUUAUGUACCCGUUUUUACAAGAGACAAAGAACAUCUUUUCCUUUACAAAUAUUGGUGUCACAUAGUUAUUUUAUUUUAAAG